AUGAAAAAGCACAAGAUUCUGUUCUGCGUGCAACUCUCAAUCGAAAUUUCAAGCGUCUGUGACAGUAGCCCUGUGUCACCGGCCAGUGAAGCUGGCGAAGAUUGUGCUUUUGAAUACGAAGUCCAAUCACCAGGUUCACCACGGGAUGGUGGUCAUGUGGCGACAGAGGAGGCCAAAAAUGCCGACUGGGACCAUGCAUCUCCAAGCUUGGUAUUGAACGGCAUAGAUGAUUUGCAGCGAGAUACCUCUGAUGUAUCAAUCGCAUUGGUGGGCACGUUUAUUAGAGAGCUGAUGGAUAAGAAGUUCGGACAACAAGAUCCCUGGAAUGGUAAAAUACAGAGGUAUAUGGAAGAUGCUUGGGAGACACAUCACAAGAUAGACCUACUGAAAAAGCAGGUAGCGGCUUUGCAGGCGAAGUGA